UGAUGUAUGAGGGUGGUAUGUAGAUGUUUGAAGUGAAUGAAGCAGAUUGAGUACAUAUUAAUUGCCAGUUUCUUCAGGGCAUUCCUUCCAUGAGUUGGCCGAGUCACCCACACUCCAAAGCCAGCCCAUCAAAAUAAACCUGAACCACAACACCGAUCUUCCGGAUCCCACUGGCGCAGAUAUAGUGAACCAGGCAGCGUGGAGACGGAGCGCUCGAGAAGGCUGGUCGAGACAUCCUUUUACAUCAUCAUCAUCAUCCUCGGACGAGCGCGCGUUAUACAUAAGACUGGAGCCGAGAUGAACGCAGAAGCAGAACAUCGGUUGCCAUCGGAUCUCUUCGGAAGCACAUUCUGCUCGACCGUCCAAUCGGCCAUCGAACGUUUGCUCGUCGAAGGUACCCGGCAUGGCGUGGACCUCAAGGCGUCGGACAAGCUGCUCGCCCGGAACACGGAACUGCUCAGCCAAGAUCCUAGUAACUCGACCUUGCAGGCCGAACAGCUCCGCCGAAGGACCGCACGCGACGAGUCGGUCAAGUUGAUCGAAGAACUCGCCCUGGGGAUCGCCCAAGACUUGCGGCAAAAAUUCGUCCAAUUCUCAGUUAAUAGUUACAGUCAUCAUCCUCAUCAUCAUCAACACGAAGAUCCAUCGUCUCUGGGACAACCUGAGCGGCUCGGGAAUCCUCAAGUCGGGAACUCCAUCCAUCAGCAGCAGCCCCCAGCCGAAUCGGUGAAAGACUCGAUCGUCGUCUUGGCCAACGAUAUCAAGGUCCUGCACAAGAGAAUCGGCAAGCAUUCGCACGAGAUCGAGCGGAUCGAUUGCGAGCAUCAGGUGGCCAUCGACGUGCUUCAACGGCAGAUCGGGCUCCAGAAAGAGGCGAUCCAGGAGAUCCGCAAGAGCAUACCUGGGCCAUCCGAUCGACCCACCCACCCGAGGCCGACGAGCAAUGAUGGCAGUCCCGAGAAGAACGGAGCGAUCGGCUCGACUGGGGACGCUGAGUCUGUUGCAGCAAGCCCGGAGCAGCGGGUGGAGCAUCUUCGAGCCGAGCUGGACCGGAUGGACGCUCGGGUGAACGAGUUAACGUCCAGCAUCCAGACCAUCCUGACCAAGGAGAUCCCCGCCAACCUCCACGAAUCCGUCCAACUCAUCCAACAAGACGUCAAUGCCACCGUCCACACCAGUCUCCUCCAUGCCCACCACAAGCUCGCCCAGCACAUCCGCGACCUCAUCCUCCGCUUCGAACCCCGCAUCGCCGCCCUCGAACGUUGCGCCGCUCGGAUCGAUCACUCCCUCCCCGACCAUCUUCUCCUCUCUCCCACCCCUCCUACCGCCGCUAAUUCUUCUCCUCCCUCUAAUCCCGCCAGACUCCUCCAUCGUCGUUCUUCCGUACUCUCCCCCAAUCACAAACUCGUCUCCGAAAACGAAUCCGAAGCUUGCAAUCAACAGUGAUGCUCUUCUUUUGUGUAACCUCCCCCCCCCCCCCCCCAAAAAAAAAAACCCUUUUAGACUGUCUUUAUAUUCCAAAUGGUCUUACUCUUUGGGGUUUUU